CUCCUCUGGCCUCGUCGGCUGCUCGGCGCUAGUCCGGCUUUUGUUGUGUGUCUUUCAGGGCAGGCUGACCCAUCAGCCGGCGGUGAUUUCUGGAUAAUUUAUCUGUUUUGCUGGCCUCUUGCUCCGCCAUAUUACGCACCCUUUGUCCCCCUGCCCCGAGUUCUCGGUUAAAGGAAUAUAAAGGAUCCCAGCGGAGGACUUUGGGCUGGGGAAGUAGUUAUCGGUAUGGGACAGACGGAAGGCUGAGAUUCCACUUUAGAGCUCCUGAUUCCACUCCUUUGGGCUGCGACGGGAAAUAAAAACGUGCAGGAAAACACAAAGAUCACAGGACGCAUGUAGCCGAGGCACAACAACUGCAGAGGUCGCUUUUAAGGCUUGACGAUGGGUUGCGUCAGGAGUAAAGAGGACAAGGGCCCGGCGCUGAAGUACCGAACCGACAACUCUAACAACACGCCCACCAAUGCCCACCUGGGCCACUACGGCCCGGACCCCACCCUGAUGGGUCACUCCCCCGCCAUGAAGACACACAACAACAGCUACAACAGUCACGCCGCCUCCCUCACGCCCUUCGGGGGGGCGUCGUCUAUCAUGACUCCCUUCGGGGGGGCGUCCACCUCCUUCACCUCUGUGGCCGUGAGCAGCCCCUUCCCAGGAAUCAUCCCAGGCGGUGUUACAUUUUUCGUAUCGCUGUACGACUACGAAGCGAGGACGACGGAUGAUCUGUCGUUUAAGAAAGGGGAUCGCUUCCAGAUUAUCAACAACACGGAAGGCGACUGGUGGGAGGCUCGCUCCAUCAACACGGGGCAGAAAGGUUACAUCCCGAGUAACUACGUGGCUCCAGCCGACUCCAUACAGGCUGAAGAAUGGUACUUUGGUAAAAUGGGCCGCAAAGACGCCGAGCGCCUCUUAUUGCAUCCAGGGAACCAGCGGGGAACUUUCUUGGCACGAGAGAGUGAGACGACCAAAGGUGCCUACUCUCUGUCUCUCCGGGACUGGGACGAGGUGAAGGGCGACAACGUCAAACACUACAAGAUCCGAAAGCUGGACAACGGAGGUUAUUACAUCACCACUCGGGCCCAGUUUGAGAAUCUGCAGAAGCUGGUGAAACACUACACAGAACAUUCGGACGGUCUAUGCUACAGGCUGACGACCGUGUGCCCCACGGUGAAGCCUCAGACUCAGGGACUAGCUAAGGAUGCUUGGGAAAUCCCACGAGAGUCUCUCCGACUGGAGCUCAAACUCGGCCAGGGCUGCUUUGGAGAAGUCUGGAUGGGCACAUGGAACGGCACUACUAAGGUUGCCAUCAAGACCCUGAAGCCCGGCACCAUGUCCCCAGAGGCCUUCCUGCAGGAGGCUCAGAUCAUGAAGAAACUCCGGCACGAUAAACUGGUUCCUCUCUACGCCGUGGUGUCUGAGGAGCCCAUCUACAUAGUCACUGAAUUCAUGGCCAAAGGUAGUUUACUGGACUUCAUGAAGGAGGGAGACGGUCGAUAUCUGAAGCUGCCGCAGCUGGUGGACAUGGCUGCACAGAUCGCAGACGGCAUGGCCUUCAUCGAGAGGAUGAACUACAUCCACAGAGACCUGAGAGCCGCCAACAUCCUGGUGGCUGAUAACUUGGUGUGUAAGAUCGCCGACUUCGGCCUGGCUCGGCUCAUCGAGGACAACGAGUACACCGCCAGACAAGGUGCUAAGUUUCCCAUCAAGUGGACGGCCCCUGAAGCCGCUCUGUACGGACGCUUCACCAUCAAAUCUGACGGCUGGUCGUUUGGUAUACUACUGACUGAGCUGGUGACCAAGGGCAGAGUGCCGUACCCAGGUAUGGUGAAUCGAGAGGUUCUUGAGCAGGUGGAGCGAGGGUACCGCAUGCCCUGCCCCCAGGGCUGCCCCGAGUCCCUCCACGAGAUGAUGAGGCACUGCUGGAAGAAGGAGCCGGAUGAGAGACCAACCUUCGAAUACAUCCAGUCCUUUUUGGAAGACUACUUCACAGCCACAGAGCCACUGUACCAGCCCGGGGACAACCUUUAGUUGGGGGGGGGGGGAUUGUUUGGGGGGUGAACUCUGGCUUCAUACAUCAGUGGAGAGCAAAGCCGGGUACAACACAGGACUUCGGCAUGGGAAAAAGCCUUGAUGAGGCUGCAGAGACAAGGUGUCAAAGCUACAAACUAGUCCACAGCCACUCUGGUUUAUCUGCAGAAGCAAGAAGAAAAUGUUCCCUGAAGUAGAGGGACGUCCCUUGGCUAAUCGGGGACCAAAUGUUUGGGGAAAUGUCCAACUGUGCAGAUUGGUGCUGGUACUUUAAGCUUUGGGAAGCCUGCUCAUCAGAAUAAUCCACAUGGACCGGCCACAACACUGUGAUCAAACAGAGAGGGGCUGUCUUCUCAUUUUAAAUUGAUGGCUACUUGCAGGCGCACCAUUUUUUACUUUUUUAAAUGCCCCCUCUCAUCUAAUUCAAUCCCAAUUUAUUUUACACAGUUCUUUGAUAUUGAAGUCAAGAUCUUUUGUAUGUACAUGAGUUUGGUUUUUAAAUGCAGGUUGAUGGGUUAUGUUGUUGACCAACAACUAUGGUUGAAAUGUCAGUGUGUGCUGCGUCUGUGAAGCUGUGAUGGAGGAGGUGCGAGGAGGAGGAGGAGGUGCGAGGAGGAGGAGGUGCGAGGAGGAGGAGGAGGAGGAGGAGGAGGAGUAAAUGGACUGGUUGUACUUUACGGAUGAACGAAUGUACGGAGAGAUCAAAGCAGAUGUACACACAGUACGUGCAAAGAUGUAUUUUCAGCAGGUGUGAUCAGGUGGAUGAGUGAGAACAUGAGAAGGCCGUGUUUAGAAAUCCUACAAAUGAUAUUUAAUACGGUCGCUUGAAUGGCAAAUCACAUCGGAUUUUAAUAUGCUUUUUUAAUUGUUUUUUAAUUUAAACGGGGACUUGAAAUCAUAAACAGCUAUUUUGAUAAUAUUCAUGUGCGAUAACUUUUUUCCUGUUUAACAUUUUAUAAAUGUUUUGAAUAUCAGCUGUGAAAUUGAAGUAUGUUUGAGUAGUUAUCGGAAAUAAGCAUCUUGGUGCAUAUUUCUGAUUGCUGUAAAAGAAUCUUAACAAAGUUGCACAGUUUUAAAAUGGCAGUUUUCCCAUCUAUUCCUGGUGAAGGAUUAUGUUAGAUCUUUUCCAUGAUCAUGUAAAUCAUACAUGCUGCUGUAGUAUUUCUUUCUGUUCUUCUCAGUAAAAUACCACCAAACUAAAACUUAACAUGCCUUUACUCGAAUGAAUUCUCUGUCUAACGGAGGGAAUCCUUUCAUCUAAAUCCUACAACACAAUUUUAAUUUGUAAAUGAACAUAUGCAAAGCCAACCAGCCAUGUGUUAAGGAACAACGGCUGUCAGAUGGUAUUUUCCUCUCUAGCUCCCCUUUAUGGUUUUCUUACUUCCCAUAGUUAUUAAUACCAGACAAAACAAACACUGUGCACACACAGUGGGCAGGUCAGGGCGUUGGUGCUUUUAUAAGUAAUAUAAAAGUCCAAUAAAAGGUUACCUCCACUGUCUGUCCAGCGGUAUGAGAUGGGAAAUCGUACUGUCAUUCGAUAAGUAAUAAUAAGGAUCGGACAAAGAUGUGAAUUUCUUUUGUUUUUCUUUGUGUUUCACUCACAAGCUAAUAUGUGAUUGUUCCUGAAAAUGGAACUUGACCUGGUGGGGAGAUGAUAAUGACAUUACUGAGAAUGGUAACUAAUAUGAUUUUGUUCAGAAAAAAUAAAAGUUUUUCCUCAAAGGAG